GUUUAUCUACCUCUAUACAAGUAGGGGACGCACACCUUCCUUCCAGUCGCACAGCUUUCAAUUCAAUUCAAAAGGACUGCCUACUGCUCACUUAGUAGGCUGUAGGCUCGGUAGUAACUGUUAGGAGACGCGACGUGCGUGCAAGUGCAGGGUAUUGUACCAAAGGUGCAUCCAAAACACGCUGUGCCUUCUAUAUUUAACGUAUCGUCUACACAGUGUGGUUUCACCGAACAACCCAGUGUUUUAUCGAAUACCGUAACCCGUAACGUUCUCUCACUUCGCGUAUAUUUCGAUAUUUACAAUAUGUCGGAAGCAGAGUCGUUGAGUUGUUGAAACAGGUGCAAUCUGUGUAUUUUUUCGAUAGAAAUGUGAAUCGGUGAAUGAAACUUGGCUGCAAAAGCAGUGCAAAUGAUAUUUACUGCUCCAUCGGAAGUUCCAACGUUACAACGGGUGUUCUCGAAGGAGGAUUGGGUCCUUCUGGACGCUAUGGGCUGCGGACCGACACCCGCUUGUUCUGGAAAGUUCCUUACAAUGCACAAAAGGCGUCGUAAACGAUUGGCUACUCGAUCUUUAGUUCAAGAUAUUGCAAUACUUGAUGACAUUCAUCAUGGGCAAGUCCAGAAAAUUCUCGACCGCUGUGGUAAAUGGGGGUUUAAUGCCUUUACUCUGGAAACGGUUGCGGGUGGGAGAUCACUGCCCGUUUUAUGUGUUCAUCUAUUCCACUGGUAUGGAUUAUUAGACUACUUCCAUUUAGAUGUGGUGCGGGUCUGGAAACUCUUUACUCUCAUUGAAGAGGGAUAUCAUAGUACGAAUCCUUAUCAUAAUUCUAUUCAUGCGACUGAUGUAACUCAAGCAAUGCAUUGUUUUUUACAAGAAGAAAGGAUCAGGCGAUACAUUACUCCUUUAGAAAUCAUGGCAUCGUUAAUUGGUGCUGUUGCUCACGAUUUAGACCAUCCUGGUGUUAAUCAACAUUUUCUCAUCUCUACUUCAAAUCAUCUUGCCAUUUUGUAUCAAAAUAAAUCGGUACUAGAAAAUCAUCAUUGGAGAUCAGCGGUUGGCUGUCUUCUCGAAAGUGGAGUUGCUGAGCAAGUGCAAUCUUGCAGGAUCGAGCUGGAGCAACAAAUUCGUGAUCUAAUUUUAGCCACAGAUAUUAAUCGACAGAAUGAAUUCUUAACGCGGUUCAAAAAACACCUAGACGAGGGCACUUUGGAUUUGAGACAGGCCGAACACAGGCAGUUCAUUAUGCAAAUAGCUUUGAAGUGCGCGGAUAUUUCGAAUCCCACCCGCCCUUGGGACAUAUCCAGGAAAUGGAGCUUAAAAGUCUGCGACGAGUUCUUUAGACAGGGGGAGUUUGAGAGGAAACUAAAUCUUCCAGUUACUUCCAUAUGCGAUCAGCAAUCCACUUCAGUUGCCAAAAUUCAAGUUGGUUUUUUCAAAAACGUUGUAAAUCCGUUAUUCGCCGAAUGGCACCGGUUCAUGAAGAGCCCGCUCUCAACACACAUGAUGGAUAUCCUGGACGAUAAUAGAAAGAAAUGGGAAGCUCAAGAGAAAGCCGAAUUGGCCGAGGAGACACAAACCGAAUUGUCUGACGCCGAGCCCGAAGUCAGUGAUGAAGAGGAAGAGCAGGCCUCGACCAAAACCUCAGGAACCCACAGCAUUCAGGAAUAUAUUCCAACUCCUCCGAGAGAAAUUAGAAGACAAUCACUAGCUGUCCCCACCCUAGAGUCAUUAGGAGUAAGGAGACACUCUGUACCCGUUAACAUGGAGCAAUCACUGCCAAGAACAAUUUACAGAAGAGAGAGCCUACCGACGGGUCGGGGCAUCCCAUUCGGACGAUCGCCUAUCAGCCCACAGACUGAAUCUAGAGCUUCCAGUGGCCUUAGAGAGGAAGACGAACUGUUACGGUAUGGCUCCCAAUCUGACGUUUCAUCUUCUAGUCCGCUUCAUUCGACAGAAGAUCAACCAGAGAGGCCUUUAAGCGCUGAAAAUCUGCUACCAGAACCGAGCAUAGCUUCUAUGACAAGCAGUACAGCCGUCGGCAGACUCACUUCUGUUCUACAUGGCAACAACGUUGUUCCAAGCAAGUGUCUCACAAGACAACAGACCUUCCCUCCACCUCAGCCAUAUAUGAGAAUGAGGUACAUGUCUGCAACUGCAGAAAUGAGCACCUGUCCGGAGACAGCUCAUGAAGGAGACAGUCCAUCAAACUCGUCUCACGGCUCGCGCGAAAACAUAUCACACUCGAAUAAUAUUCCUCAAUACAUGAUUCCUGCCAUAGCAGUAUUGAGUCCAAAUAACAGUCGGCCGCCAGAUCUUCUUCUACCAGAGUCAACGCUACCGGCUCCAUCGGCGCAAAAAUCAUCCCACGGUAAUAAUAAAAGAGAAACGGAGGCUGUUGAGAAAGAGAAAACUUGCAAGAUUGCGAAACUCUCCGAACCGGCCGGACAGCGAUACGAAAAGGAAAAUGUUGACCCCAGGAGAUUAGCUGCAACGAGUUUGCCCAAACGAAGAGGUUCAGCACCAGUUUCGCUUCCAUUAUCAAAACCUGAUGAAAAAAUACCCCCUGCUGGCGGGGGGCUAUUGAUGUCUGAUACACAAUCCUUGAGAAGAGGAUCAGUGCCAAUUGAAAUUGCUCAUUAUCAUUUCGUCGCUGACGACUCCCUCGAUCAACCUUUAAUAACCCCGGUGGAACAACCGAAGUCGUUCUUGCAGUACCCACGUAGGGGUUCGGCUCCGACCGAUCUGCCCCCGAUAUUCGGGGGCGGUGGCGAACGUCGAGAACAGCUCACGAGACACACAAGUCUGAACGGGAAGGCGGGUCGAAGAAAAAAACAGCUGAGGAGGCGGAGUUCGGGCGGGCCCGAGACCGUACUUUUACCGGAAUCGCAUUCCGAGAUCUUGUCUCGAUUUUUGCUACAACGGAGACCUGAAAAUCCCGAAGCGCUGCUGGUUCGGCGAAGAGGAUCACUGCCUAUUGAAGUCCUGACUGUUGGGCACUCUGUGUUUUGACGGUUACCCCUAUCGCCAUUAGGGCCCUGGACAUCACCGUCCAAUGUGCAAUAAGGACCAACAUUCACUUCGACUGACAUCCACCUUCACUAGAUAGCUCAUUUAUUUAUAAAUCAUCAGAAAAACAGGAAAGCCAAAUAAUCAUCAAUGUUCUAGUUGUCACUACGAUUGAUUGUUAGAAUUUUUGUUUAAAGUGCGCAGUGUAUGUGACGAAUAGUUAGUUUUUUUGAACUUCCUUUAUGUAGGAAUUAAAUUAAUUUAUUUUUAAAUUUUGUUGUGUGUAUACAUUUUUUUAUAUCGAUACAUAUUGUACAAUUUUCUGUACCUUAUUAUUUUUAUUUUUUUUUGUUAUGUUUGUGACGAUUUCUGUGCAUAAUUUGACGAUUUUUCUACAAAAUCAUUAAAAUAAAUUGUUU